AUGAAACCUGAUUUAGAAUACCAACAACAAUUAUCCAAAACCAAGCAAGAUGGUGUGACGGAAUCCUCAUUAAGUUGUACAGGUACUGUGAGAAUGCCUAAGCUAGUUAUUUCAAAAUUUAAUGGGACCCCACAGGAUUGGGUGAGAUUUUGGGGACAAUUUGAAGCCCAAAUCGACAAAUCUGGGACACCUGCAGUGACAAAAUUUUCGUAUCUAAAGGAGCUAGUUGAAGUGAAAGUUAGAAAGCUUAUUGAUGGUCUCCCAUUUACUGAGUGUUUGGAUCAAGAGAGCCCAAAACCAGGGAAUGAAGACAAGGCACAGCUGGAUUUGGAAUCAAAUUCCGAGGAGGUUCUGGUGUGCAAAGGACGUAUACAAGGAGAAUACGCGAUUUACACUUCUGACUCCACCUUGUACGCAGCGAAAGUUGAAUUGUCGAAUGCUCAUGAAUCCACCUUGCAUGGUGGAAUCAGUUUCACUAUGGCUAUAAGGUUCGAGAAAAAAUUCUGGAUACCUCGACUUCGAAGGUUCAGGGACAUUGUUGCUGACGAUGAACAAUAA